CCGGUCCUGGUUUAUAUCCGUUUUUUAAUUCAAAAAUGAAUUCAACUCGGAAAUAACCGGAACCGGUUUGUCACGUGUCUUUAAUGUAGAGAAUCGGAUACUUACGGUGGUGCACACCGUGGGGAAUCACACUCGGAGGGUGGGACCCGCAAGGACAACUAACACUAUCAAAAAUUCAACCCUCCUGGUAUUGCAUUUAAUUAAUUGAACGGUUUAUUUGGAAAGUAAAGAAGCAAGAGUCGGUUAUGUCUUCCCUCCAGACGACAAGGGCUUUUAUUCGGACACCACUAAAAAUGGACAGCUAAACUCUCUCUUUUAAUUAUUUUAAAUUACGUGAUUAUAGAUUAGAUUGCCACUUGAUUAUAAAUUAAGAAAUUUAUAUUUAGUGUGAUAUCUAGCUUUAAACCGGAACUCAUCGCCACCGUCCGAUUUGGUAAGAUAGACCAGAGGACGUGGGCACGAGUCCCCCUCCUUCUGUUCACGUUGGUCCCACGUAGCCAUCUUAGUAUCGUUUUUCUAGCCGUCCGAUUGAAUCCCAUGAAGCUGACAUGUGAGCCCCCACUUUUUACCUAUUUUACUAUAGUUUUCGAGUUUGAGAUAAUUAUGCAAAAUCAUUUUGGAACUUUGAUUAUAUAUAAUAUAUUUGACAAAACUUUGAUUAUAUAUAUUUUAGCUUUAAUUAGUCCCACGGAUGCAAGUAUGCAACCGUUUUGAUCAUCAACUGUCUUUAAUUAUAUCCAAUCUAUAUAAGAUUUUGGAGUCUAUACCAACUAAAAAACAUCUGAUUUAGACCAUGGAUUAUUCAUCAUAUUUUCCAUUGUUUUUCUAUCACUUAUAUACAUUGCAAAUCAUCAAGUUAUUUUCUUAUUGCAUCGAAUAAUUAGUUCAUUGUUUAUUAUUGUAAUGUAAUUGUAUUGUAUUGCGGUUACGAUAAUAAAUUAUUCUUUUAUGUUAGACAGUUGAAUCACACUUUGUAACUUAUAUGUGUUUUGCAUAAUUGCAAAGCUAAACUAUACAAGUAAAAAUAUAGUCACGGAAUAAAUGUGAGAAAUUUAUUACAGUUUUGUUAUUCCUUUUUCAAUUGUUUUUCUUUGCCUAAAAUUUGAUAUAUUUAGGCGAAAAAGAAGACUUAAAGUUAGGGAAGUAAAAAGAAAAAAAAAAGAGACAAAUCCCACCAGUCGUGUCUUCUUGUUCAUCCUUUGUUUCCUUCUCACUGUUAUUAGCCUUACUUAAAGUCGCAAACUUUGCUUCGAAUUCAACCCAUCUCUCAUCUCCUCUUCCCCCUUCGCAAUCAAAUCUCCAACUAAAUCAAUCUCUCUGCUCAAUUCUCACUCUUCUGCUGGGUUUCGAGAAUUCUCUAAUGGAAGGCGGUUCGGCUUCGACUUUGUCAAACGACGAAAACCUCGUCGUCUCCUCCGAGGAUUCUUCUUCUCCGACAGAGAACGGUCUCGAGCUUCGUCUUACGUUGAGCCUCGGUCGAAAAGGGUAUCGAGAUCGUAGGGCUUCUCACGCUAAUGAUGAUUCUUCUUCUUCUUCAUCGUCAUCACCUUCUUCCUUGAGUAGCAGAGCUAGCGUAACGGCUGGGAUCAAGCGAACAGCUGAUUCCAUGGCACCACCUACUAGUGGGCAAGUUGUGGGAUGGCCACCAAUAAGGACUUACAGGAUGAACAGUAUGGUUAACCAAGCCAAGACAUUGGCCAUGGAAGAUCCACAACAAGUAAACAAAAAUAGAAGUGAUGCAACAAAGAUGAGAAGCUCGAUGUUUGUGAAGGUGACGAUGGAUGGUAUUCCCAUUGGAAGGAAAAUCGAUCUGAAUGCUCAUAAAUGUUAUGAAUCCUUGUCCAACACUCUCGAAGAUAUGUUUCUCAAACCCAAAUCAGUUUCAAGCACACAAGAAACAGAUGGUCACUUGGAAACAAGGCUCAAGAUACUACCAGAUGGGUCUUCUGGAUUAGUACUAACAUAUGAAGACAAGGAAGGAGAUUGGAUGCUUGUUGGUGAUGUUCCGUGGAGGAUGUUUAUUGGUUCUGUGAAAAGGCUCCGGAUAAUGAAAACAUCAGAAGCUACUGGUGCAGCUAAAAUGAACUUAUAAAGCAUAUAAAUAAACUACAAGAACCCUUUUAUGUUUGAAGCAAUAAUAAGACAGAUCAAAAGAGAAGACAACAACAAUGUAAGAAUAUUCUUGCCUUCACAGUUUUUUUUGGCUCUGCCAUUUAUUUAGUUAGCUAUAUUGUUCAACUUUGUAAAAAUCACAAAACGUUUCAGAGCAAUGCACAAGUUAAUAAUAAACAUCUGUAAAGAGAGCAAAGUUAUUCUA